AUGACGAAUAAAGAUCCAGGCGGCACCUCCCAAGCGGGCUUAGCGCCUUCCCUUGGAAUAGGGGUCAGUACUGGACCUGCAAAUCCCAUAUGUGGCGUUGAAACCAUAAAAAAUGUCAAAGAAGACGAACAUGAACCUUAUGACGAACGGGGCUCAAGGUACAAUCUCUUGGGAAAAGUAGCUGGACUUCUCCAGCGGUCCCUUUCUAGGUCCCGUGAAGGCUCUGCUACCGAUAUCGGGUCGACAAAUGACUCGUACUCUUCUUCUCGUGCUCCUUCCAGACAUGCCAGUCGCAAAGAUCUGCGUCCCUCGUCGACAUUGCCGUCUCCUCCUAAAGAAACAAAACAGGUUUUUCUCGAAUAUGACCCUAUAACCAAGCGUCGGGUACUUAACACAUACGAGAUCCUCAAUGAUAUCGGAAAAGGUGAACACGGCAAGGUGAAACUUGCGCGAGAUCUAGUGCACAAUGAAUUGGUUGCGAUCAAAAUCGUCAAUCGGAAUUCCAAAGAUAGGCCCCAGCUUCAUAUGAGAAGGUUCUCAAGACCUCAGGUGCACCCCAAUGAAUAUAGCACCAAAAUAAGAAGGGAAAUAGCCAUCAUGAAGCGGUGCAACCAUCGCCAUAUCGUCAGUCUCAGAGAGGUACUCGAUGAUAUGAAUUCCAAGAAAAUAUAUUUGGUGCUCGAGUACCUAGAAAAGGGAGAAAUCAAGUGGAAACGUAAACUCGACACCCCAAGUCCUUCUGAGCCCUCCGACGAGAUUCCUUGCUGUGGUUCUAAGGGCCAUCUUCUGAGUUAUACCAUCAAUGACGAAGAUCUGGAUCUUCUCUCCAACACAUUUUCUCCAAACCUCACCUUCAAGCAGUCCCGAAAGAUCUUUCGUGAUGUUCUCUUGGGGCUCGAAUACCUCCACAUGCUUGGCAUUGUACAUCGUGAUGUCAAACCUGCUAAUUUACUCGUGUCUUCCGAUAAUGUGGUUAAGAUUUCUGAUUUCGGCGUCUCUUUUGCCCUGUUUUUAAGUGGGCCCGGCGACCCUCCCAAUGAACUUGAAUUGGCUAAAACGGCAGGAACUCCAGCUUUCUUUGCACCGGAAUUGUGCCAGACCAAUUUUCUGUCGGCGAACAGCUCCAAAUCAGUGUCAGCUUCAUCGUUGGAAAUUUUGAGAAAUGAAGACAUAAUGUCGAAAGUUCUUCCUCGUAUCGAUCACAAGAUUGACAUUUGGGCGCUUGGAGUUACUCUCUACUGUCUUCUCUUUGGAAAAGUUCCGUUCAAUGCCGAUUCCGAGUAUGAACUUUUCCUGGUUAUUGUAAACCAGCCACUCGAAUUUCCUCCUGAUCGGUGCUCGUUCAAUUCCAGGGUAGAAGUCAGCGAACUAGAGUUCGAUUUGGCGAAAGACCUUUUGUCCAAAUUGCUAGACAAGAACAAAGACUCGAGAAUUGAUAUACCUGAGAUCAAGCAGCAUCCAUUUGUCUUAAUGGAUUUGGCCAAUGAUAUGGACCUGCUCAAUGAAUUGCUAUACUUGAAUGCCAGUCCCGAUUCAAAUGAUCCCGAAAAGUACAUUGCAGGCUUGGAGCAAAAUUUAGACAUUCUGAAGGACGAUGUUGAUAAUGCAGUGGUAGGGUUGGGUUCACGUAUCAGAAGAAGUGUGGCUGCUACUAUCAAAGCUGGCACUCUCAAUGGUGAGUUAAUGUUCCGAACAGAAAGUUCCAGCGACGAGUCUCCUUCUCAACUUGCUUCUCAAUACGGCUCACUGGUAGGUUUGCGAUCUUCUUCGAAUGAUUAUUCGGUGAUUCUUUCUGAAGCUUUCAAUGUUUCUACUCCUCCACCGCAAGAAAUGGGCAGAACCAUUUCCAAUGCAGACUAUACUUCGGCGCCUCAUUUUCCAUCUGGUCUAUCAAAGGAGGUGAAUGGUAUAGCAGAUAUCAUGUCGUCUUCUUCUAGUGGUUUCAAUUCAAAUGGGAACUUGCCGAGAAAGGGAAGUAACCAUAUUGUUCACGAUAUCAUCGAUUCUGACACCCGUUCCAGGAGAGACAGUGCUACCGGAACGGAAGCAUCUCAGAUAGAAACCAAGAGAAAUGCUGUGGGUGACGUCUACCUCAAAAACCAGUCUGCCAUGGAUGCUUUUAAGGACAUCAAACUUCAGGAUGACAAGAGACGGCGCUCGAGUGCCUACUUGAGUUCGUCUCAGUCUGGAAGUCGUCAAGGAUCCACAAUCUCCAGACCAACAAAAGACAAGUCUUCUAUUUCUAGCCCAAUUCCUGUUCCCUCACUGAAGCGAACUACUGCCCUGCUCUUGACUGUGGAUCCAUAUAUCAUCAACGAUCGAGACCCAUCCUCGGUGAUCUCUCUUCCUUUGAGCGACAGCUUGGCCUCGUUGGACAGUUUAAAUGAUGACUAUGUCUCGAGAAAGUACAAGGAACUUACCGAGAAACAUUCUGGACGACGUAAAUCCGUUAGUGGUCGCGGUAACGACGCAAUCUUUUCCGAUUCAGAUAUCUUGAGCAGAGACGUUGACGGUAUAAAUGAAAAGUUUCUGAGGUUCAAUUUGGACACACUGAUGUCCGACAGUUCCAAAGUCGCCAAGAUCAACGACGAUGCCAUAGCUCCCAAGACACUUCCAAGAACCCUUUUCGCUUCGCAUACUUCGUCGUCUAGUUGCUGCAGCUCUUCAAGCUCCUCGAGCGGCAGUUCCAGCGGCUCUGAUAGCGAUGAGGAUGGAGACUUGACCUUGGCUUUUUCGUCCAAGGUGGCUUCGUCAGUUAGACCUCCUUUUCUUUCCUUGUCCCAUAGAGCCAAAUCUUAUGAUUCCAAAUUACCUGCCUAUGGUCAAUCUGGUGGAAAUCAUCAGGAAACUCCCGUGAUUUUUCAAACUGAUUUACCAGAGUUUGAAGACUUACCAGCUGGACUUAUGACCAAUGUUCCCAGACCCAGUAUUUCAGGUGCUGGACUGCUGCAAAUGGCACCCACUAUCUCAGUAAUGUCUAAUACCAGUGGUAAGACUUUGAAUCCAACCCGAGAGCCUCCAGUGAGUACUCCUGUCUUGCCUCAAAAGGCACAAACUCUUGAUGUAUCUACCAUACGAGAUUCAAAGCCGGCUGGAUCCGCAGGAUUGAGAGAGAAUAUCUUCCACAAUCAGUAUAAUAAUCAUUACAAGAAAGAUCCCAUAAGCUUCCCAUUCCCAAAUGCUGUGCACUAUGAGAAUGAUAGAGAAACCGAAAGCAAGACUUCGACUAAGAAGAGCGGAGCCCUCCGACCUAAUCAUUAUAGAUCGAAUUCGGUUGCGGUGGGUUUAUUACAACAUCAACUUCGACAGGCGGAAAGUAAUCAAGAGUAA